CGGCGCUCGGCUAGCGGGGCCUGGAGGACCGGAAGCGGCGUGAGUCGGCCGGCCGGCGGCGUGCGGUGUGGCGAGUGCCGGGCGGAGGUUGGGGGGCUGGGGUCGCGAGGUCGCCGCUCUUAUCUCCGCCGGACGUUUCGCCCGGCCGCGUUUCUUCUCCGUUCAGCCUCGAGGCCCGUGAGGUGCCCUCAUGGCGGCCAUCUACUCCGGGGUUCACCUGAAGCUGAAGAGCGCCAGGACCCCAUGGGAGGACAAACUGAAGCUCGCUCGCUUCGCGUGGGUUUCCCACCAGUGCUUUCUCCCCAACAAGGAGCAAGUAUUACUUGAUUGGGUAAGCCAUACAUUGGUUUCAUACUACAAUAAGAAACUUGAACUGGAGGAUGAAGUUGUUGAGAAGCUUUGGGCAUAUCUAGACAAUGUUAUCCGUAGUAGAAGGCUACAGAAUCUUUUGAAGAGUGGGAAGACGAUCACUCUCAGCUUUUCAAUUGCACAGGUCAUAAAUGAAAGAUUAUCGGAGGCCUGCUCUCAAAAAAACCAGCAAAACCUUGGCUCGGUGCUGAGUUGCUCCAGCGGCAUCCUUUCUACUCCUUCACUCUCCAUCAUUUACACAGCAAAGAGUGAGCUCUUAGUUGACCUCCUCAGCAAGCUCUCUGAGCUGGCAUGUCAGCAGCUGGCUUCGGAAGAUGCUGUGGGCUCCCAGUUGUUCAGCAUCCUCCACCUUACCUUUGUACAGUACCUCCUGAUCCAGAGGCAGCAAACCAACCCAAACCGUGUGUUUGGGCAGGUGACAAGCCACUUGUUCCAGCCAUGUCUGCUACUGAGGCACUUGCUGACCACACGGAGCUGGAAACAGUCAGAUGACAACCACGUGCGUCAGUAUUUGAGCAGGGAAAUCCGAAAUCAAGUAGAGACAUUGUUGCAGGCUGGAUUAUUCCAGCCUGAGCUCUUCACGUCCUACAAAGAGGAGUUGCUGCCAGAACGGGAACCUCAGGAGAAGAAGAAAGGAGCUUUGAAAAAUCUCUUGCUUCCAGUAAACACUGUGCAGACCAAGUUGAGGAGUGGCUUUUGUGAGCCUGCCAUUCAUGGACCAGUUGUGGCUAGUGCAGUGUCCCUGCUAUAUAAACUCUUUCUGGACUCAUACUGCAAGGCAGAAAACCACCUUGUGUGUUUCCACAUGCUUACCAGGCUUUUUGACUGUCUCAGGCUCUCUGGCCUACAGCAGAGUGUGGGACAGGACACGCUUUCCCCUGCAGACUGGAGCACAGAGCUCCUUGCUUUGGAACAGCUUCUGAACUUGGUGCUUAACAAUGAUAUCUAUAACAUUGCCAGUGACCGCAUACGGCACAAGGAGGUACAGUUCGGGUUUUACUGCAAGCUGGCGCAGAUGUUGUUGAGUCACUCCCAGGCUUCCAUCCCAGCUUGGUUCAGGUGCCUCAAAGUUUUACUGUCAUUAAACCACCUUAUAAUAGAGCCCGACCUGCUUGAUUUAGUGGCCUCUGCUUGGGUUGAUGCAAAGGUGUCUGAGCAACGUGCAAAGAAGCCCCAGGAGGCUCUGAUCAACACCAUGUUUCAGACAUACUCCAAGCUGCGGCAGUUCCCACGACUUUUUGAGGAGGUUCUGACAGUCAUUUGCUGGCCAGCUGUCGAUGAGCUGAGGCUGCCUGUCUUGUCUGCUGGAUUGACAGUGAAACUUCGCGAGUGCCUCCUUGAGCUGCCACCCAACCAGAUUCUGGACAUUGUGUGUCUCUUAGUGGAGAAAUGCCAGCUCCUUAUUCCUGCAGUUGAAAGGUCUGUUGACAUGGCCUUGAAACUGAUGUCCCUGAGCUCAGUGCUGCACGCUUUUCUGUUCAACAUGAGGAGUUUAGAUGAUGUCACUCCUUCCCCUGUGGUUCUUCGUAUGCAGAAUCUGCUGGCCAAGAUGCAACAAGAGGUAAUUUGUCCGCUGAUAGAGCUGCUGAAGGCUCCUAGGAGAGAGGAAGAAAAGUCAGACCUUUGGCUAAGAAAGGCCAGUGACUCUGCUCUCCUCCUUGUUUACACUUGGGUUGAGGUAGACACUUUGUUUAAUAUUAGCUGCUGUAAAUAUGUGUCUCCAUCAGCUGAAACUGGUGGUGCUACUACUGCCUCUGCUGCAAAGCCCUGGGACAUUUCGACUUUCAUUCCUGGUGUAGAGGAGCAGUGUUGGGAGAGAGUCAUGGAACUUGCAAGUAGUUUUACCUCCACUAGUAAAUACUGCUUAGAACUGCUUGCACUUCAGAAAAUGAAGAUGAUUCUAAUGCAGACUCAAGCUGACGUACAGGCCCUUCAGCAAGCUGCAGCUUUCAUCAUAGAGUCUGGGAGAGCUAGCAUGAGCAGAGGAGAAUCUGAACCAUGGGAUGGAGAUAUCUGCGCAAUAAAUGAUCUCACCUACCCCACGGCACACUGUCACCUCGUCAUCUCCAACCUGACUAUCCUGUUGCCAUAUAUUUCCCUGAAAAAUGUACAGGACAUUGCAGAUGUGCUUUUGGAGACGUUAGUAUUGACCAGAUCACAGGAAAUUGCCACAGAUCAGGAGCCUUCCAUCAGCAUUGGAAAGAUCUGUCUCAGUUUGAUGCACAGUUCCUUUCUCCCUGAGAUGAAGGUUCUACAUUGUGCUUUUCUGACCAGCCUUAUUCAUCAAUUCGCGAAGGUGCUGCCCUCUGCUGCUCAGGAUUCGGUAGAUCAGCCGCUUCUGCAGCUGUCUGCAAAUGAUAUCUCUUGGCAUGAAGAAAUCCUGGGUCCUUGCAAAACGACUGAUGCACUGUCAGAAAACAAACAACCAAAAGAUGAGCCCAGUUUAUCUUGGAAAACUCUGGAGAAGGUUGCCCAGUGUAUAUUACUGUUAGCAAAAAAUAGUUCCCCUGUCAUCCUGAAGGAAAGUCAAGUAGAAAGCUGUCUGACUUUGCUGGAAAUUACUUCUCUUCUGAAAUUAGACAGUCUUCUUCCCUCUGACUGUAUCCGGUGUUUUUUAUUGUUGCUGUCCCUGAUAGCAAAUACCAGGACUAGUGCCUCCUGCAGCAAGCUGUUAUCACUGAAGUUUUUAAGUACCUGCUUCCAUCUCCUCAGAUGUCUGCAAGCUGGCAGGAAUGCCAGCUCUGUUUUUAAAGUUUUUCAUGCCAGUGAUAUUCUUGAGGCCAUCUUAACGUCCCAGCUUACAGCUAGUAAAUCCUUUACUGAUACUUUGACUGUUCCUGUUUGGACAGAAUAUCUCCAGGAAGUCCAAGCCUCUUUGGAACACUUUCUUCAGAUGAUUGUUGAAAGAAGGCAAAGUGUGAGGCUUAACUUGGAAAAGUUUGUCUCUUUCCUCUCAAGCUGCAAGCCAGAUGUUGGUGCAGUGAAAAGCAAAUGCAGGAAAAACUGGAAUCCCGCAGCUGAGCAAUUACUGCUCUUGUCAUUCACCACACUGUGUCACGUCCUCACGCUCUAUCUUCAGCAGCAACCAGAAAAGAAGCUGCAGUCUACAGACAUACUGUCUGCUUUGUUGGAGCCAGUAGUUCAGCAGAUGGGGAAAGCUAUUGAGCAUGGUCUUCAGAGUAACACCCCAAACCACCAUUUGCCUGUAGCGUUUAUACCAUCUGUCAUGACUCUUCUCAAGGCAGAUUUGAGCCAUGCUGUCAGAAAGGGCUGGCAAAAGAAUCCUGAGGAGUCCUGUGCAUUUUUGGAGCAAUCACGUGUUAAACUGUACCAAAAGUUUUACUCUCAGAUACUGAGAGAGCUGCCCUCUGCAGGAGGUCAUCUGCAGUUCCUUCAGUCUGCCUUGCGGUUUUUAGCAGUCUUCUGCUCAGUGCCAGAGCUGUAUCCUGGAAAAGAAAAUGCAGUCACUGUUGUUUUUGCUAUCCAAAAGCUUCUCACUGGUCCUGCGAUCACAAUUCAGGUGGUUCAAAGUAUAGAGGUGGAGCUGACAGAGGUGGUUGUACAGCUACUGGGAAACUGCUCUGCUGAAGAAUUUUAUGCCAUAAUGAGGCUUUUGCUGCAGGGACUUGAAAUGAGGAACACUUGGCAACAGAAGGCUAAAGAAGUAUUGUCAGCUAUUACGCUAAUCAAAUUGUUGCUGAGCUGCCCAUUAAGUGGAGACAAAGAGAAAGCUUUCUGGUUUGCCAGCCCACAGAUAAUCACAGCUUUAGCCCUGCAAACCAAAGAGGCCUGUCAGGACCAGUCAUUGACUUCCAACAUAGUCGUACCUAUUCUAAAGACUGCAGCAGCUCUGCUAAGGCAAGGAGAAAGGGUUCUCUUGAAUCCGCACCAUGUGGCGUUGGCAUUCAGCAUCCUCCUAACAGUCCCUCUGGAUCAUCUGAAGAUAGAGGACUAUGGGAAUGUCUUUCUGGGAGUCCAUGAAGUGCUGUUUUCUAUUGUGCAGUGUCACCCAAAGGUGAUGUUGAAAGCUGCACCAUCGUUUCUGAACAGUUUUCAUCGUCUGGUUGCUUCUGUCAUGGUUGAAGGACGUCAGAGAGGGGACAAAGGCAACACAGAUGAAUUUGAAGUUAUACUGAAAUGUGCACACCUUGUGGAACGGAUGUAUAGUCACAUCGCUGCAAAAACAGAGGAAUUCACUUUGUUUUCUGCUUUCAUUGUGGCUCAGUAUGUGACAGAACUGCAGAAGGUAACUUUGCACCCGGCUGUGAAGAAACAUCUCACAGAGGGGAUAUAUCACAUCCUUGACCUUUGCAUUGAUCAGGACAUCAAAUUCUUAAAUGCGUCGCUGCCAGCAGGUGUAAGGGAGGUCUUUAAGGAUCUGUACAAUGAUUACAACCACUACCACAAAGCAAAAAAACAGGGGGAGGAAAAGUUCACUGCAUGAUAAAUUCUGUCCAGUGCCACAUAAUCAGUUAUGAAAUGAUCUUGCAAUGUGCAGAAAAUCCUGUUUUUUGUGACCAACCUUUGUAAGGGGGCAUGAGGAGGGAAAAUAGCCCCACUCUGUGCAUGAGUGGCAGAACUGCUGCACCUGUGCAGGCCCCAUGUGAACCUGCUGGGAGAAUGCUGCAGACUGGCUGCAGAUCUCAGGUUUCAGGCUUUGACACAUCAUGCAACUUUUCUGUGGAAGCAAUAGUCUGGUGUAAAAGCCCGCGAGGGCUAUAAUUCACAAAUACCGUAAGCAGAAUUAAAGCAGUUAGAAUACAUAUUUUUUAUAUGCUGUUACUUUACAUUUUUGUACUGAAGAACUUUGUGAAUGCUAUAUAGCUGUUGAAAUACUGUGGAAAUACAUGUUUUCAAAAUUCUUUACUGUAUCUUCUUACUUGGUUGGUUUUGCGUUGAGUCCAGCCCUGAGCAGCCUUGUCUGACCUACUGAGAUUCCUUCCCAUUAGAAUCACCUUGUGAUCCUCUUGAUAAUCAGAAACACUGACAACUUAGGGCUUUGGUCAGUUUACUAUCAUAAAGCAGUUAACAGUUAUCUGAGCUGUGGUGGCCCUCACUGUGCAUUAUUAUCUUGUGACAAACUCUACAUUUCAAGACCUAUCUGAGACCUCUUUGGUCUAAGCUGAGCCCUGUUGCUUUGCUUUCACUCAAUGAUAAAAGCAGGCCCUUAUUGCAACUCAGCUGACACUAAUAAGCUGUCGUAAAUUAAUCAUAAUUGAGCUUGUAGGAAGAUUUAUCAAAUAAAUUUCAUUAGCCAAACUACAGAAUUUUAUUACGUUGAAAAUGGUGCAGACUAAAAUCUGAACUUUUUCAUAAAACAGGCUUCACAUAUGUAUACAGCAAGAACUCAUUACUCAGAACUUAUAAUCUCCCUUAGAUUAUAGGGUGGACAGGGGAGGAAUGGAAUGUACUUGGCUGGGCUGGGAAUGUUCUUCAUAGCAGCUCCUCUGGUGCUGGGCUUCGCAUUUUUGUUUAGAAGUGCUGGUAACGUGCUGCUAUUUUGGAUGUUACUGAAUGGUGCUUGCAAGCAUUCAAGGCUUUCUCUCCAGGCUUCUUACUGGGAAUGCAAGGAACACUAUCUCUGGUCCAGAGGAUGACAUUUAGCUGGCACAGGAGGGUCUGUGUGGCAAAAAUGGAGAACGUGAGCAGGGCUGAGGGGCAGCUGAAGGAGUUGGAAGGGCGGUUACUGCUGCAUUAAACUCCUGGGGCUGUGGGACAGUAAAGUGGUUUCAGAAGGGAAAUGUGUUUGAGCUGGGCUGAGCUGAACGGGCUCUGAGGGAGGAGGGCUGCUAGUAAAAAGGGGGUGGUUAUGGACAGUGGGAGAGGAUCUGGAAAGAGUGGUGAAAAAAAGGAGAACUGUGUUUCAAGCGGGG